AUGUUUCAGAAACUCCCAGCCGAAAAGCUUAAGAAGCAUACAACAUUAAAGAGUAACCUUCUUACAAAGCUGAAGAAUCAGGCUAUCAAGGAGAUGCCACUUAUCGAAGGCAUUAUCGAUGAAAUUUUCCCAAAGAAGACCCCAGUUAUUGUUUAUUCUAUUGAACAGCACCUCAAGCUUUACGCUGUUGAUAAUAAGCCAGUUAUGGUUGAACUUGGUACUGGUGAUGUCUUCCCAAUGCUCCGAACAGCCAUCGACUACCCAGGACUCCUUCCAGUUAUCUACGUAGAUGAAGGUGCUGUCAAUGCCCUUCUUCGUGGUGCUGAUCUUAUGGCUCCAGGUAUCAAGUUGGUUCCAAAGGAAUUCGAAGCCGGUGCUAUCGUUCAAGUUAAUCUUCUUGAUUGCGAUCAUCCAUUCAUGAUCGGACAGGCUCAAAUGUCCUCUGCAGAAGCUAAGAAUGCCAAGGGUAUUGCAGUCAAGAACCUUACAAUCCUUCGUGAUGCACUCUACAUGGCCCAUAAUGGCUUAUAA